UGUAAGUUACAUUAAAAAGUCUGGUAACAUAUAUCUUUUUGUAGAGAUAUUUUCUGUUGUAUUAUGUGUUAAUCGUAGUUUUUGUAUUUAAAUUUUAAAUUCUAACCGGUAUUAGAAUUCAGUAGGUCGAUCUCAUUCUUAUAAAAAAAAAAGACUUUUUGUUAUUAAAAUUUUGCUAGUUACUUUUAAUGUAUGUUUUAUGUGAUGGGUAAAUGAUCUUUGAGAAACGAAUGAGUGCCAAUUUUCUCUUCGUUUGGGGUUUUCAUUGUAAAUGGUAAAAUGUUCACGGCAUAACUUAACAUUUUUUUUCUUUGGUCAAAAAGUUUAACUUAAAUAUCCAUAUAUAGUUUUUAUAUAUAUUGUAAUUCACAACAUAAUAAAACGAAACGGAUAAUAUAUAUACGAUGUCGAAAUCCAAUAUGGAGCUAGGUACGAAGGGACACGAAUGAAGGGCAGAAUUGGAACAAAUGGUUAUUGGGGGGCAACAGAAAAGAAUAAUACCCCUUCAUCAUCUUCUCUUUUACCCACAAUAAUGCAAUUGAGAAUCACUUUAAGCCCUCAAUGGUGCUUCCGUUAUUUCCCUCCUAAUUUAUCUAUCAACGUUCUUUUCCUUCACGUGAAAUAGAGUUUCAACUUUUGUAUUUAAAUUGGCAUCCGAUGUCUUCUUGUUUUUUUUUGACUAAAACCGAUGUCUUCUUGGCCGUAAUAUUUGAAUGUAGAAACGUAAAAAUAUUUUCCUAAUCCCAUGGACAUGAUAAUGGUGCCACAAACCGAAUAUGACUGGAUCAUCCAGAAACUUUACUUGAUACAUUUGAAAAUUAAAUUACAAACAAUUCAAAAUUAUGAUAUUUUCUUAAGCUUUUAAUUAAUAUAUAUGAAUAUACGGGAUCUUUCGCCGAAGCCCAAAAUAAUAGCCGGGGCCUGUGAAGCUUGAGAAUUCUUGCUAUUAAAGGCAUACUGGCCAACUAUAGUUGGAGUCGUCCAAACACUACCAUAAAUUUGGUUGACCACCUCGCCACAUCACAAGGCUAAUUCAUCCGUGUUAAUUUCUUAGUUUAACUUCUUUUACAAUGUCCUCAUGUUGCAGAGAAAGUUGAUGGAAUCAGCAUCUACCUAAAUAUACAUUCUCAUGAUAAUGCUUAUAUAAAGCCAUGUUCCUCAAACAACCAAUUCCACCACUUCCUUUAGCUUACUAGUCUCUUGUGUCUUCUCAGGUGUUUAGAGACUUAUAUAUAGAAAGAUGAGCUGGACAGGAGGAGACUGGCUAUGUGGGGCGUGUCAGCACGCAAACUUCAAAAAAAGAGAAGCAUGCCAGAAAUGUGGAUACCCCAAGUUUGGAGGGGUAGAUGUGUCAACGUACUUGUACAAUAGGACUGAGGUUUUGGCUGGUGAUUGGUAUUGUGGUGCAUUGAAUUGUGGGAGUCACAAUUACGCAAGCCGCACAAGUUGCUAUCGAUGUGGAAUGAUCAAAGUCGAGUAUACAGAUCAGUACUACGGAGCUCAAAUGGUUGCUUACGGGAAUGAUGCCGGGGCUUGUCCUCCCGGCUGGAAAACUGGCGAUUGGGUUUGUCCAAGGGUCGGUUGUGGGGUUCAUAACUACGCUAGCAGGGUUGAAUGCUUCAAAUGCAAGACAACAAGAGAUUACGGUGGCGUCUAGAUGGAAGAGAAAGAGGAAUCACCAUUUUAUUGUAACUGUAAUUGUCACGUAUUUUCAACAAGUGUUACCAGUUUCUAACAUGCAAGACGCCUUCUUACGUUGACUGAUAAUUCUUCAAUUUUGUGCAAAUCACAAGAUAGUAACAAUUUUAUUCGGAUUAGUAUUCUUAGCACAAUAUAAGACUAGAUACGUGAGUUAAGGCUACCUUAAUAAAUGCAAAUAUAUAUAUACACAAAUAAAGACAAUGGAUUAUUUUGAAGAGCUU